UUUCAGAGAAUUUCAUUCAAAAGAGGGAAUCGGAACUCCAAAGUGGGUGGGGAAGCAAAUCAGAAGGAUGGAAAGCAUAUGUAGCAUACAUUUCAGAAGGACUUGGGAAGUCCCAGAAUUGGGAAAUGGCUAUGAAAUUUCAGAGAAAGAAUGGAUCUUUAUUUAACUCACCAGCCACUACAGCAGCAGCUUUUAUUCACAUUAACAAUACCCAGGGUCUCGAUUAUCUACUAUCUCUCUCAGAUAAAUUUGGGGAUGCUGUUCCAACAGUACAUCCUUUUGAUGUGUAUGCUCGACUCCAUGUGGUUGAUAGUCUCGAAAAAUUGGGGAUUAAUCGCCAUUUUAAGGAGGAAAUCCAAAGUGUAUUGGACGAGACAUGGAGAUUGUGGCAACAGGAAGAUGAUAUAUUUUUAGAACCCACAACAUGUGCCUUGGCCUUUCGUUUACUACGUUUGCAAGGAUAUGAUGUUUCUUCAGACAUACUUGGUCGCUUUUCAGAAGACAAAUUUUACAAUACCGUUCAGGGUUAUUUAAAGGAUGUUGAGGCUGUUUUGGAGUUACAUAAAGCUUCACAUAUAGUAUUGCAUUCAAGUGAUUUAGUUUUGGAAGAAUUAAACCUUUGGACAGGACACUUUCUUGAGGAAUAUUUAUCCACUUCCUCAAGAAAUACUUAUAAGCCAGCUUCUAAUCGUAUUGACAAUGAGGGUGGUUUAUGGAGAGUGGAAUGGAGAAACUACAUUUUCCAAUCUCAAAAACAAAAGCUGCCUCUUUCCCUUCUUGACAGUCGCUGCCACACUUACCCUCCCCUGAACAUCGCGAAGCACGUCUGGCAUGGGCCAAAACAAAGCUUGCUUGGAUGUGUGGUCGAUGAUUUCUAUGACGUUUGGGGACUGAAAGAGGAACACAUAAACCUUAUACAGUUGAUGGAAAAGUGGGACGUAGAUGUCAGUAGAGAAAGUUGCUCCGACACGGUGAAGAUAAUAUUCGUAACACUUAAGAAAACAAUUUGUGAGACUGCAACCCAAGCAUAUAAAGUUCAAGGACGUAGUGUGUUGAACCACUUGAUUCAGAUUGAAGCAGAAUGGUGCAGAAACAGGUGCGUGCCAAGUGUAGAAGAAUAUGAGCAUAAUGGAAUUAUCAAUGGCCUUGGGACCAAUAAUUAUCCCUGUGAGGAAAAAGAACAAGGGAAAUUUAUCAACUCAAUAAGCUUGCGGUUGAUUCAUGGGUGUGGGGUAGAGAGUGAAGAAGAGAUCAUGGAGAAGAUAAAGAGGAAGAUUGAGGAGAAGAGAAAGGAGCUGCUGAGAUUAGUGUUGAAGGAGAAGGAAGCAAAAUGUCAAGAGAAGCGAAAGAUGUGUACUGGAAAAUGA